AUGCAAUCCGAAAUUCGCCUACCAGAGUUAAAUAAUCAUCGUAGCGAUAGCACAGUUAUCUCUUUAUCUCGCUCGCAAACUCAAAUAAUCGAGGAACAAGAAAGCAAAUACGAUCAUAAUAAAAAUGGUCAUAAUUCAAAUAUCACAUACCCUCUUAAUUCUCAAAACGUAAAUUCAAUCGAUUCUGAAUAUCAGGAGAAACAGUUUAAAAUUGAAAUUAAUGAAAAACUACAUGGUGAUGAAAGCGAAUGGAUUGAAUUAAAAAGUAUGUUUGAUCUGAAAGAAUUUGCCAGCUUAAAAAUUUGGCAGCAAGUCAUGGCCGAAUUUUUUGGAACAACUAUCUUGAUCUUUUUAAUUGGUGCUGCAGUCGUAGUUGUCGGUGAUUCAAAAUUUCCACACCCUUCAUUAUUAAUUGGGUUCGCACAUAUUCCAUUAAUUUUGUUGCUAAUAUUAGCUACAGGGCCGAUUUCAGGAGCCCACUUAAAUCCAUUCAUAACCAUCACAACAAUAUUUACACGUUUAAUAUCUCUUCCCCGUGGCUUACUUUACAUGACUUUCCAAUUAUCUGGAGGGACAGCCGGAGGAAUCUUGAUACGAGCUAUUGCAUCAGAUGAAAGUAUUACUCGCACAAAAUUAGGCGCUUGUUCGUUUAAUCGCGAACUGUUCUCAUCUUUCCAAGCGUUUACCGGCGAAACAGUAUUCUGCUUCGGCAUAGCUCUAGUAUUGUUUGGAGUCGCUUUGGAUCCAAUACGUAAAAAAGAUUUCGGGUUGACGAUGUCGGCGUUUUUAGUUUCUGCGGUAUUUGGGUUUUUCGUUUGGCUUAGUGGGGGACUUCACAAAGGAUGGCCUGGCGCUUCAAUGAAUCCGGCAAAAUGUUUUGCAUUCUCAGUAGCAACUGAAGAUUUUUCAGGUACAUUAUACUUAUGA